AUGACCUGUUUGCAGUGGCUGGAGGUGGGGGGCAGUUUCCUAGGAGAGCCUGGAAGCACGACUGACUAAUGCUCAGCCUCGCGGCUGAUCGAUGCUGCUGUGGUGCCACACAGCUGACAGCGGACAAUGAACAGCGCGCUCUGCUAAUGGGCCGUGUGUCCCCAACCACACAGAAGAGCCGGGACACCGGGGACCUGACGCCGGGAGUCGCUUACAGCUCAGGUCGCGUCGAGCCCCGCCCACCUCACGCCGGCGUCCCCGCCCUCCCCCGCACGGUGUGAAACCGAUCAUCUGACGCUUAAGCCGCCCGCCCGGAGUCCCCGCUGUCAGUGCGCCACCGCAGCUUUCUCUGGAAGGAGUCUCAGCAGCACGCGACGACAUGAAGCGAAGCCACAACUACAGCUCAUCAGACAGCGACCUGGACGACAACGUCGAGGUGGAGAAGGACAGUGGCGACGAAAAUGGGCAGCUUGAUUCUCACGGCUCCAUGUCACCCUCAACCACCACGCAAGUUCAAGCCAGAAAAAGGCGCAGAGGGAUCAUUGAGAAACGGAGACGCGACCGGAUCAAUAACAGUCUGUCGGAGCUGAGAAGACUGGUGCCCAGUGCCUUUGAGAAGCAGGGAUCCGCUAAGUUGGAAAAAGCGGAAAUAUUACAGAUGACCGUGGACCAUUUGAAGAUGCUUCAUGCGUCCGGUGGCAAAGGUUACUUCGAGGCUCAGGCUCUCGCCAAGGACUACCACAGCCUGGGCUUCAGGGAGUGCCUGGCGGAGACGGCUCGCUACCUGAGCCUCAUCGAGGGCCGGGACGGCGCCGACCCGCUCCGCGUGCGCCUGGUGUCCCACCUCAGCAGCUACGUCUCCCAGAGGGAGGCGCACGCUGGACUGGAACACUUGGCCUGGGGCUCUGCCUACGGGGCGGCCGCGGCCCACCUCCCCCACCCCCUGCUCCUCAGCCACCCCCAGGCCAGGACACCUGCACCCAAAAGCAGCCCGCCCUCCUCCUCCUCCUCCUCCUCUUCCUCCUCCACGUCCUCCUCCUCCGCCACGGAAGCAUCUGGACUAUCCAGGCUGAGCGCGCUGCCCCUCACUCUGCCCGUGCCGACGUCCAAGCUCUCGCCGCCGCCGCUCGUCUCCUCCGUCUCCUUCCCGCUCUCCUUCGGCGCGUUUCCCCUCAUAUCCCCGCUGGCCCUCAGCGCAGCCAGGCCCUCCUCCACCCCGUCGAAGCCCUACAGGCCUUGGGGCACGGAGAUCGGGGCCUUCUGAAGCCAACAGCUGGACUGAAGGCAACAGCUGAGCUGUGGCCGCCGCAGAACAGAACGGACACCCUGCCUCAUCUGAUUUCAUAGCAAUAAGACGCGGAAGAACCAAGCGAACAGAUUUUUUUUUUUUGCUAAGUAUAGAUGACUGGGACAGGUUUCCUCACAGCACGUGGUUACUCUGUUCUUUGCGGAAAUGAAAACUAUUUUAGUCAACAUGCACUGUCUUCAGGGAGAGAGCUGAUGAUACCAUGUGAAUUAUGGGCCAUAAAUACAUUUCCUAAGCAUAAAGAAGUGAGAUUUCGUAAAGCAGACACUGAUUCUUCAACAUUUGUCCAGCACAAGUGUCUGUAUGUACCAUGACGUAGACUCGGCUUCUUGUGGGAUUAGAACUACAUGGAAAACACUAGACAUGAUAAUUCCUAUACUGCUGGAAAACUAACUACUUGUAAAUUUGAAGGUUGCAUUCUCUUAUCUAUUUGUGAUAUUUUUGUAUAAAUAAAUUGAUUUUAAAUGUAUAAAACAUGACACAUUUUUGAUUCACA